AUGAAUGCAGCCAAAGAAAAUUAUGAGGAAAAUAAUGGAAUGGAAAAUUAUGAGAAAAACAAUGAAACGGAAAAUUAUGAGAAAAACAAUGCAACCACAUUUAAGGAUAUAAAGGGAUAUAAAAGUAUAAAUAAUAUCAUUAGCUAUUUGAUAACAGUUGGUGUAUGGGAAAUGUAUACAUAUGAAUGGCUAUUUAACCGAAAAACUUAUUUAUAUUAUCAUACCUUAUUAAAGGGUUACUAUUUUUAUGAUAAAAAUAAUAAUCUUACUUUAUUUAAUGAUCAGAAUUUUUUUUUAUAUGUAUGUACAUUUGAAAAUACCGAAUUUAUUUCAUAUUUUUUUUUUAAUAAUUCUCCCAAAAAAAUAAAAUUAGCUAGCUAUACAAAAACUAUGCAAGGAAGAAGACAAAAACAAGAAGAUAGAUUUAUAGUAGUUACUGAUUUAACUAAAUAUAUAGAUCCAAAUGAUUAUAAAACUUUAUUUUUUUAUAAAAUAAAUCCUUUUUAUUUUUUUUCGAUUUUUGAUGGUCAUAGAGGAAUAAAAGCAUGUGAAUAUUGUCUUACACAUAUAAUAAUAAAUAUUAUUUAUUUUUUUUACAACCAGCAAAAUGUAGAAAACAAAAGUGGGUCUCCAAAAAAUGAAAAUAAAGAAGAUCCCAUCGAUAGUACUUCUGAUCAAAUUGUAAAGAAAAAAAUCGACCUUUUAAAUAGUGAUAACAUGAAUAGUAACAGUGCAAGUUCAUGCUUAGAAUGCGAUCCAGAAAAUGAAAACAAACAAGAGAGAAGUGAUGUAGUUCAAACUUCUCAAACUAAUGAUGCUUUAGAUGGUAGCGACAUUAAUAAAGAAGACAUCGGGAACAAACAUAAAAACAAACGUUCUAACGAUAAUAUAGAUGACGAAGAAACUGUAAAAAAAAGAAAAUAUGACAAUAAAAAUAAUUUGAAAAAUAUAAAGAUAUGUAAGAAUGACAUCAAUGCUGAAAAUAUCGAUUCAGAAGUUAAUAACAACAAUGAAAAUCCUGAGCAUAUUAAUAAAUGUGAAGGUAUUGAAAAUGAUAUAAAACAUGAAGAAGGUUUUGAAAACAAACCAAAUGAUUUCAAAAUAAAUAAUACUAAACAUAGUAAAGAAGAAAAUUAUAAAUAUUUAGAUGAAUUAUCAGAUGAUGAAAUUAUAGAAUGUUUAAAAUUAGCUUUUUUGAAAACAGAUGAACAAUUUUUAAAAGCUUCAAAAUUUCCAAAUCAUGGAUGUACAAUUAUUUCUUUAAUUAUUUUCAAAAAUAAAAUGUAUGUAGCUAACUUGGGAGAUUGUAGAGCUCUUGGAAUUGUCAACAUAAACAAUGUAUUGAAACACGAGCCCCUUUCCCAUGACCAUAAGCCUAAUGACCCAAAGGAAAAAGAGAGAAUAAAAAAAAUGGGUGGGGAUGUUGUUUGUCUCCAAAAUGUGUAUAGGGUGAAGGCAAACACAAAGAAGAGUAGCGCUGAAAAGCCAAGUUUACUCGAAAGAUUAUCUUUCAAAGACGAAGUAUAUUUAGCAGUUUCGAGAGCAAUAGGGGAUAAGGACUUCAAACAUAACAAUGUUAUAUCAGCUAUGCCUGAUGUUGUAUGUAAAGAAAUAUAUGAUAGUAGUAUAAAUAAAAAUAAGAAUAAUACUGAACCAGGAAAUAAUAAUGAAAUAUAUGAAGAUUAUUUUAAAGAUAGUAAUUUAUAUUUAUCGUCUGAUGAGAUGAAUUAUCAUUUUGUUAUUAUGGCUUGUGAUGGUGUAUGGGAUACUCUAUCAAAUAAGGAUGUUACACAAAUUAUACAAAAAUACCAGAACGACCCAGACAAGGCUUGUAGUGAAAUUAUAAAAACAGCAUAUGCUUAUGGAAGUCAGGACAAUUUAACUGCUAUGCUUUUAAAACUUUUUUAA